AAACACACAUACACACACACACACACACACACACACUCACGCACACACUGCUGCCUCCCACCGCGCUCUCCCAUUGGCUGAGGUCUUCUAUUAAUGAGAGUUUCACGUGUGCUGCUGCAGACUGAUAAAGCGAGCAUCUCCUGGACUAGUCGGCUUUACCAUCACUAUAUAAAUAUAAAUGAACGUUUAGCUGUCAUUUUCAUGUCCUAUUUGUUAACUUGGUAGCACUUGAAGAUGACGAGUAAAAUUAAGUUUGUUCGGUCUCUGGCUAAGACUGCAGCGCUGGCCAACGUGCCCAAACACAUCGAUCAUUUCUCAAAGUUCUCCCCCUCUCCUCUGUCCAUGAAGCAGUUCUUGGAUUUCGGUUCGACCAAUGCCUGUGAACGCACAUCGUUUGUCUUCCUUCGUCAGGAGCUUCCUGUCCGUUUAUCCAACAUCAUGAAGGAGAUUAACCUGCUGCCGGAGCGGCUGCUGGCCACGCCCUCCAUCCAGCUGCUCCAGAGCUGGUACAUCCAGAGCCUGAUGGAGAUCCUGGAGUUUCUAGACAAGAACCCAGAUGAUCACAGAGUCCUUGAGAUGUUCGUGGAAGUCUUGGAGGCCAUCAGGAACCGGCACAACGAGGUGGUCCCUACCAUGGCCCAGGGAAUCAUUGAGUACAAAGACACUUUCAACCAGCAAGACGCUGCUACUCAUCACAACAUCCAGUACUUCCUGGACCGCUUCUACACCAGCCGCAUCUCCAUCCGCAUGCUCAUCAACCAGCACACUCUUGUCUUCAACGGCAACACAAACCCUGCCCACCCCAACACGAUUGGCUGUAUCGACUCCAUGUGUGAUGUGCCAGAGGUUGCGCGAGAUGCCUAUGAGAGUGCAAAGUUGCUGUGUGAGCGGUAUUACCUGGGAGCACCAGAGCUGGAGCUGAGGCAGAUGAAUGCAAACAACAACAGAGAGCCCUUCCACAUCUCAUACAUCCCAUCUCACCUGUACCACAUGCUCUUUGAACUCUUCAAGAACGCCAUGAGAGCAACCAUUGAGAACCAUGAGGCCAGCCAGACCCUCCCACCCAUCAAAGUCAUGGUGGCUCUUGGAGGAGAGGAUCUGUCAAUCAAGAUGAGUGACAGAGGAGGUGGCGUGCCCUUCAGGAAGACGGAGCGUCUGUUCAGCUACAUGUACUCCACAGCUCCAAGACCCUCCAUAGGAGACAAACAUAGAGCUCCACUGGCAGGGUUUGGCUAUGGUCUGCCCAUCUCUCGUCUCUACACUCGUUACUUCCAGGGAGACUUACAGCUCUACUCUAUGGAGGGUUACGGCACUGACGCAGUGGUUCACCUGAAGGCAUUGUCUACAGACUCAGUGGAGAGACUGCCAGUUUUUAACAAGACCGCUUUGCGUCACUACAAGCUGAGUUUGGAGGCAGACGAUUGGUGCGUCCCCUCCAAGGAGCCGCUGGACCUGGCUGUGUACCGCGCUUCCAAGUGAUUCAGUCAUGACCUGACAUGACUUCUGACUCCAAACCCUCACAACUGACUAUAAAAUGUCCCUGAAAAGCAAGCCAUCCCGGCUGUGGACGGGAGCUGAAGUGACCAAAAAUGGCCUCAGAGAUCAAAGAGAAGGCAGAGCAUCGGCGUCCUGAUUGUCUGAGAACUUCCUUGAUUGGAUCGAGCAUCUCCUUGUGCUUUCUUUACAUGUGUGCUUUAGAUAAAGGAAGAGAAGAACGAGGUUGACAUUCUGAGUCAAGAUGGCGGAUAGUCAAAGACGCAGUGGCAGUAAUCCAGAAAGUGAGAGCGAGCUGUCGAGGUGAAUAUAACUGGGAUUGUGAUUUAAGAACACAUUUCACCCAAAUGAUUGCUUUUAUUAAAGGUUGUUUAGGAUGCUUCUCUGCCAAUCAAGUCUUAAGGUUUGAAGAUGCUAGCAGAACGUUUUCCUCAGAGAUAAUUAGUGCUUGUGCACAUUAACUUGAGUUCUGCCUUUUUUGCUACAAGAAUCAAAAUAUUUCCUCUUUCUCUUUGUGCCUACUGUUAAGAGUGAACCAGUCAAUGGGAAUACUAUGCAAACAUGUGUUUAAACCUGCCAAUAGGUAAAUCCUCUCUUGACUUCCUGUUUUGUGAGCAGAUGUUCAGCUGCUAGUUACUGAUACAAACAAGGAUUAAGGAUCACCUGGUUAGAGUUCAGUAGGUACUGUAACAUUGACAAAGAGUUAUGCAAGCUUGUCUGUCUUCUGUUGAUCAGCUUUGAUAAGUUUGUUGUUGAACACCUGCAAUGAGUGAAUUUGACUUUUAAUGAAAAUAACAUCUGUUUGUUAUACUGUGUAUUAUUGUGAUUCACUGUGUGUAUUCACAGAUAUGUGUGACCCAGACAUUGGAGUAUUGCCUCAUUUUAACUGUAUUUUCUAUUGUUUAUUUGAAGUGAACAGUCCAUAUUGGAGGACUUCUAUUUUUUAUAAAGAAACAUUUGGAAAAUAAAUCGUCUGA